UUCCUCAACAAUGAAUGGCAAAAUGCAGUCAGCAAGAAGACCUUCCCCACAGUUAACUCCACCACAGGAGAGGUCACAGGCAUGUGGCUGAAGGAGACCGAGCUGAUGUGGACUGAUCUGUGAAUGCAGCCCAUGAGGCCUUCCGCCUGGGGUCUCCAUGGCACAGGAUGGAUGCUUCUGAGCCGAACCGGCUAUUGAACCUCCUGGCUGACCUAGUGGAGCGGGAUCGUGUGUACUUGGCCUCACUGGAGAUGUUGGACAAUGGGAAACCUUUCCAGGAGUCUCAUGCCUUAGACCUGAGUGAGGUCAUCAAAGUGUGCCGCUGCUUUGCCAGCUGGGCUGACAAGGGACAUGGAAAAACCAUCCCCAUGGAUGGUGAGCAUUUCUGAUUCACCCAGCAUGAGCAGGUAGGUGUCUGUGGCCAGAUAAUCCCAUGGAACUUCCAGAAGCUCGCACCAGCGCUUGCCACGGGCAACACUGUGGUUAGGAAGGGAGGAGAACAUACUCCACCUUCUGCCCUGUAUGUGGCCUCCCUCAUGGAGGAGGUGGGCUUUCCUCCUGGGGUGGUAAACAUCAUCACAGGCUAUGGCCCACUGUAGGAGCGGCCAUUGUCCAGCACAUGGAGGUUGAUAGUUGCCUUCACUGGCUCCACCAAGGUGGGCCACCUGAUUCAGAAGGCCGCAGGUGAGUCCAAUCUUAAGAGAGUCCCGCUGGAGCUGGGUGGGAAGAGCCCCAGCAUUGUGCUGGCCGGUGCUGACACGGGCCACACUAUGGACCAGUGUCACGAAGCCCUCUUCUUCAACAUGGGCCAGAGCUGUUGUGCAGGUUCCCGGACCUUUGUGGAAGAAUCCAUCUAUGAUGAGUUUCUUGAGAGAACUGUGGAGAAAGCCAGGCAGCGCAAAGUUGGGAACCCCUUUGAGCUAGAUACCCAGCAGGGACCCCAGGUCAAGAAGGAGCAGUUUGAACGACUCCUGGGUUAGAUCCAGCUUGGCUAGAAAGAAGGGGCCCAACUUCUCUGGGGUGGCAGGGGGGGGAGGGAGUAUUUUGGGGAGUGUGGCUUCUUCAUCAAGCCCACUGUCUUUGGGGGGUGUGUGCAGGAUGACAUGAGGAUUGCCAAGGAGGAGAUCUUUGGGCCUGGGCAGCCACUGUUCAAGAAGAUGGAGGAGGUCAUUGAGAGGGCCAACCACACCAGGUAUGGUCUGGCUACAGCUCUCCAAGCUGGCACAGUGUGCGUGAACACCUACAGCAUCGUCACCUGCCACACGCCAUUUGGAGAUAAGGAAUCUGGUAAUGGGAGAGAGCUGCAGGAGGAUGGGCUGAGGGCCUUCAUGGAGGUGAAGAUGGUCACUGUCAAGGUUCCUCAGAAGAACUCAUGA